CGCGCGCUCCCUCCCGCCGUCCUCCCAAGGGCGCCCUUCUCCUGCCCGGGUCUACUUCUGAAUCCCCCGGGGGUCCCCUGGCUGCUUUCCUCGCCCCCUCCUCAUGCCCCUGGCUCGAGGGGUUUCCCCCCUCAGCACCCACCCCCGCACCGCCUGAUUCCGCGGGGCGGGAGCGCAUUGGGCUGCGCACGGGUGGGGGCGCCGCGCUAGCCUCGCGUAGCUGCUCUGACGCCGCCGUCUCCGCCGCCGCCCUCCGCAGCCAGCCCGCGCCCGGCAUGUUCGUGCUGGGCCUCCCCUACGCCAUCCUGCACGGCGGCUAUCUGGGGCUGUUCCUCAUCAUCUUCGCCGCCGUGGUGUGCUGCUACACUGGCAAGAUCCUCAUCGCGUGCCUGUACGAAGAGAACGAGGACGGCGAGGUGGUGCGCGUGCGGGACUCCUACGUGGCCAUCGCCAACGCUUGCUGUGCCCCGCGCUUCCCCACGCUGGGUGGUCGUGUGGUGAACGUGGCGCAGAUCAUCGAGCUGGUGAUGACGUGCAUCCUGUACGUGGUGGUGAGCGGCAACCUCAUGUACAACAGCUUCCCUGGGCUGCCCGUGUCGCAGAAGUCCUGGUCCAUCAUCGCCACAGCCGUGCUGCUGCCCUGCGCCUUCCUCAAGAACCUCAAGGCCGUGUCCAAGUUCAGCCUGCUGUGCACGCUGGCCCACUUCGUCAUCAACAUCCUGGUCAUAGCCUACUGCCUGUCGCGCGCGCGCGAUUGGGCCUGGGAGAAGGUCAAAUUCUACAUCGACGUCAAGAAGUUCCCCAUCUCCAUCGGCAUCAUCGUGUUCAGCUACACGUCGCAGAUCUUCCUGCCUUCGCUGGAGGGCAACAUGCAGCAGCCCAGCGAGUUCCACUGUAUGAUGAACUGGACGCACAUCGCCGCCUGCGUGCUCAAGGGCCUCUUCGCGCUCGUCGCCUACCUCACCUGGGCGGAUGAGACCAAGGAGGUCAUUACGGAUAACCUGCCCGGCUCCAUCCGCGCCGUGGUCAACAUCUUUCUGGUGGCCAAGGCACUCCUGUCCUACCCUCUGCCCUUCUUCGCCGCCGUGGAGGUGCUGGAGAAGUCGCUCUUCCAGGAAGGCAGCCGCGCCUUCUUCCCCGCCUGCUACGGCGGCGACGGGCGCCUCAAGUCGUGGGGGCUGACGCUCCGCUGCGCGCUCGUGGUCUUCACGUUGCUCAUGGCCAUCUACGUGCCGCACUUCGCGCUGCUCAUGGGCCUCACCGGCAGCCUCACGGGCGCCGGCCUCUGCUUCCUGCUGCCCAGCCUCUUCCACCUGCGCCUGCUCUGGCGUAAGCUGCUGUGGCACCAGGUCUUCUUCGACGUCGCCAUCUUCGUCAUCGGCGGCAUCUGCAGCGUGUCCGGCUUCGUGCACUCCCUGGAGGGCCUCAUCGAGGCCUACCGAACCAACGCGGAGGACUAAGGCGCUAGGGCCUGCCCCGGCCGCGCCCCUGCUCGCUCCCCCUCUCCGCCCACCCCGCCCCCGCCAGCCCCGUGCGCCCUGCCGCCGCGCUUGGGAAGCCAAGCUUUCAACAUCUCUGGUUCCUAGUUUCUGGUUAUUCAGGCAUGGGGGGUGGGAGGGGAUAGGGAUCCACGAUCCACCGCGUCUGCGUUUCUGUUGUCCUUUCUUUUCCACAACACCCUGGUUCUGGAGGGAGGCGGGGGCGCCUUUGUGGGCAGCGUUUUCUGUGCUUCCUGGAGGGACCUAGACACUUGAGUCCCGGGCACCGUGGCGGGUGGGAAAGGAGGCGAGGGGGGCGCAGCUCGCAGGCGUGGACACUUGACUUUGGGUGUGGGGGGGACAUUUCACAGCCAUUCAGUGCUCAGAAACUACAGCGUCCAGACAUUUCCAGCAAGAGCGCUUCCCAUUCCGGAGACAUUCCAACCCUGCAGCCGGAGAGGCUGGCGCGGAAAUCCGUUUCGGGCGGGCGAUUACCUUCGGCUAAGCCGCGGCGGGGCCGGCUUGUCUGCCGGUUUUCAGGAACCCAAACUCAUCUUGUGCAAUUUAUCAGGUUGUGGAACUGUUCUACUGUGCGUGUGGUGUGCUCGUGGUGAAUAAGAUGAAAUGUAUAUCAGAAAAAAAAAUUUAUCUCUAAUUUAGAGUGCGGUGCAUAAUUAUAUCCGCAAAUAAAGAAGACACAAAGGCG